AAUUUACUCCAAAUCUCACUUCAACUUUCAAUUUUUCCAUCAAUAAAUUUAUAUAGAUAUAAAAAUUAUAUAUAUAUAUAUAUAUCCAUCUGGGUAUCAAGAAAUUUGCAAACUUGAACAAUGGAAAACAACAAUCAAUCAUCUUUUUGGCAAUUUAGUGACCAACUUCGUGUACAAAGCAACAAUCUUUCGAAUAUUUCUUUAAACGAUUCCAUUUGGAGCACUUCAUACAAACGGCCGGAAAAAGAUCGCCGGAAUUUCGACAUCCGUGUCGGCGGUGACGUCAUCAGCUCCGGUGGUGUCAACAACAAUUUAUCUGGCUCAUCAAACCAAGAUUUUAAUGGGUUUAACUUUGAUUGGAAGCUAGGUGUGUCAAAUGGUCAAAGUCAAACCAAUCAGUAUUAUCAUCAUAAUCAAGGUGUUAAUGAUUUUGGGAUUAAUGGUGGUUUUAAUAAAGGGAUAUAUUCAAAACCAAGUUUGAAUUUUGGUCAAAAUAAUAAUAAUAAUAUUAAUGUUGGUUUUGAGAAAAAUGGGAUGUUCAAGAAAGAUGGUAAAAAUGGUGAAGACAAUUUUGGUGGUAAACAUGGCAAGAAUAAGAAAAAUAAUAAUAAUUUGGGAAAUAAUAAUAAUAAUGAAAAAGAUGGUAAUAAUAAGAAUAAUAAUAGUGGAGGUGUUGAUAAGAGGUUUAAGACUUUGCCACCAUCUGAAUCUUUGCCAAGAAAUGAGACUGUUGGCGGAUAUAUUUUUGUUUGUAACAAUGAUACCAUGCAAGAAAAUCUCAAAAGGCAGCUUUUUGGUUUACCCCCACGCUACCGAGACUCGGUUAGGCAAAUCACACCUGGCCUGCCUCUUUUUCUCUACAACUACUCCACCCACCAACUUCAUGGUGUUUUUGAGGCUGCAAGUUUUGGUGGAACAAAUAUCGACCCGUCUGCUUGGGAAGACAAAAAGAACCCAGGGGAAUCACGGUUCCCUGCUCAGGUGCGAGUUAUCACCAGGAAAGUAGCCGAGCCACUAGAAGAAGACUCUUUCAGGCCAAUUCUUCACCACUACGAUGGCCCUAAAUUCCGUCUUGAACUAAACAUCCCAGAGGCGCUCUCUCUUUUAGACAUAUUCGAAGAGGAGAAGAACUGAACUGUGUUCUUCGGAGAAAGUAUGAAAUUUGUGAGGAAGGUCAAAUGAGUGGGCCGUAUGUUUUAUGAAGUUGACAAGCUUUUCCAGAAGGAGAAAUGUGUUAAAGUCCUAUAUAUAUGUAACUAAUAUAUGUUUAAAUCAAGCUGAAACGUUUUAUACUGUAGGAAGAAAGUAGUAAUUGUUUGGAUACAGGACAUUUACCAUGAAAGACAAAGAUGGUGAUGUUCCUUACAGUUCUUUCGCUCGAUCGUAUGUGUAAAAUACAAACUCAGUAUGAAUAAACAAAAUACAAUACAAGUUUAUAUGUA